AUUUAAAAUAAAAUGUUUAAAAUUGACAAACAUAAAUCCAAAAUUAAUCUUAGCCAUACAUUUACUAAUGAGAAUGAAGUAUUGGACAUGGGUUGUGAUGAAGAGGCAUUAUUAGAAAAAUUGGUAUUAGGAAAAUCUUUAGUUAAAAAAAGAUUCUUUGAUGAUGGAGAAUUAGACAUUGAAGAAGAUAAAAACUUUGAAUUUAAUAAAGAGGAAACAAAUAAAGUACCAGCUUGGGAGGAUCCUGAUGAUGCACAAGAAAUUAAUGUAAAUAGUAAAAAUUUUGGAAUUGCAAGGCCUCAAGAGAAAAAUAUCCCUGGAAUGAAAUAUAAUCAGCAAAUUAAAAAAAGAUAUCAAAAAUCUAUGGCUCAUAACACUGAUUGGGUUACAAAAAAGCAUGAUAUACAAGAUGAAUUUGAAGAUUUAGAAUUUAGUCAUCAGGCUUAUGAUUAUAUUGCAAAGGGUGAAACAGGGGAUCCAAUUGCUGAUUCCUUAAAUGAUUCCAAUCUGUUAAAAUAUAAAUGGCUGAGAAAUUUAAAAAAUUAUAGACCAUCAAUAGAUUCAGAUCCUAUAGAGCAAAACUCAGAUAAAAGUCCCACAUUUAAUUUUAAAAUGAAUAUUGACAGAGCUAGAAUAACCAGCCUAAAAUUUCACUCAAAAUAUCAAGUUUUGCUAUCAUCAAAUAUCAAUGGUCUAUUUAGAUUGAAUCAGAUUGAUGGAAAAGGUAACAAAGAACUACAAAGAAUAGAGCUUGAAAAUUUUGCAAUAUCUGGCUGUGAUUUUAUUACUCCUGAAAAAGAUCAAAUAUUAUUUGUGGGAUCCAAUGUACGCUACUUACACACUUUUGAUCUAUUAAGUGGCAAAAUAUCAAAAAUAUCAUUAAAAACUAAAUAUACCUCAGUCAAUCCCAGAUUUUGUCAGAUGUCUCAGGAUGGUCAAUACAUUGCAUUAUAUGCACACCAGUCUGGCAAAAUAUCUCUUUUAUCUCAGAAGUCAAAGGAAUUCUUGCAUAACUUUUACACAACAAGUUCGAAUACCAGAGCAGUGCUAUUCUCACCCGAUUCAAGAUAUUUAUUAGCCAUAUCUGAAAUGGGAGAAAUAUCUGCUUGGGAUCUAUACUACUUUCGGAACUCUAAAUGUUCGCUUUUUAAUGUAAAUCUCAUGUCAUUUAGCGACAAAGGCAAUUACCAAGCCACUGUUUUGGAUCUAACUGCGGAUGGAAAAUACUUAUUCACAGGAAGUCAUAGUGGUGUAAUCAACGUUUACGACAUAAAUUCGUCUUUUUCGACUAUCGGUAUGAGUAAAUUAGAACCGGUAUUCGUUAAAAGUCUCAAAAAUAUAUCAACGCCUAUUACGCUACUCAAAUCGAAUCCGCAAUCGCAAUUACUCUUGGCCGCAUCUAAUUAUAAGCAGGAUUGUGUGAAAAUGGUGAACUUGCAAAAUCUCUCAGUUUAUUCAAAUUUUCCAACGGCACCCAAAAAGAGUAGACUUAAAGAUGACCAAACUACCCUUCAUACUUAUUUGAAUAAAGUCAAUGCAUCCGACUUCUCCCCUUCCUCGGGCUAUAUAGCCAUCGGAUCCGAUAAAGGAGACAUUAAUUUAUACAGAUUGAAAGCAUAUGGCCAAUAUUGAAAAAGGAACAUAUUUUCUCAUUAGGUAAAUAUGACAAGAUAUCUUAAAUAUAUCGAAAAAGAAAAUGGCGAUGAAUGAAUGUGUUUACCAAAUGUGAAUAAAAAAAU